AUGGAUAUUAUGUCAUCAUAUUUUCUAACCUCCAGGUUGAUAAACUACGUCCAGGUUGCGGUCGAUGGUGAAGCAGCAACCCCGAGACCAACGGCAAUUGGCGUCUCCUCGACGAACUCAGAGGCUAUUCUGUUAUUAAUUGUGAUAACUGAAAUACUGCUGUUUGCUUGUGGCCCUUUUCUGGGACCCGUGACGCAUACAAGUUUGCGCAAAUUGGGAUCGGAUACUGACUUCCAAAAGCCAUGGGAGCAGGCGCUUCAAAACCGGCGGACUCGGAGAAAGGGGGGAAGCAUGUGUUUAGCAGUCCUUGUCGAGUCGCUACAGUCAAGCUCAGAGACCGAUGCUUCGCGCUCCCAAUCGUUAGAGCUUCAUAUCCAAGCCCGUGUUGCUGAGGAGCUGAACCGCAUCCGUGAACGUGAGACGCAAACUCUCGCCGAUAUCGAAAAGAGAAUAGCAGCUUCAUAUCCACCUGAGGGGCCCGCAGCAGCCAAAAGCAACAUUUCUACUCUUGCUAGCCAGCCUCUAUCCCUUGAGUCUCCUCGAGUCCCAUUUGCCGGUACCGAAUUCGACCGUGUUCCGGCCACCUCUGCUGCGCCUGCGGAGAGCAAUGAUGAAGCCGCUGCAAUUAAUCCCAAGAUGAUAAGCAGCGGAAGGGUUGCUAAGGAAAUUGAGGCAUUGCGAGAAUCACUGGCCACCAGGCCUACGAUCCGAAAAUUAGACCCCGAACUUGAAACUGCAAGGGAGGGAGUUGUGAAAUGCCUGCGUGAUAACCAGAAGCGACCAUUAGACUGUUGGCAAGAGGUGGAUACUUUCAAGCGCGAAGUUGCAAGGCUAGAAAAGGAAUGGGUCCAAAAAAUGAUAAGCUGA